GAUCACUCUGACCGCCAGUAACGCAUAAUAGCAGUGAUCAGCUUCAGACCACGCGAUCGACAGCCACAGACGUCGUUGUCGCUUGACCAGCUGCUGACGUAUAGAGGUGAAGUGGAACUAGUGGCGCUACCACAUCACGGCGGGGAACUACACCUCUGGAUCUGGGAGGACACAUGCACCAUCGUAAAGGCAACUGUCUCGCCGACACUAAUCACGUGUUCCACGUUACGGGUCCCGUCAUAAUACUCGAAGUCAGUGACUCAAGAUUUGACAACAUGUAGUGUCCCGUUAUACAGCGGUAUCCUCGGGCCUCGCUGUAAGGAAGAUACACGCCCCCUGGGUGACGCGAUCGUUCAUAGUGGGACAGCGCAGUGCAGCAUCACAACGCCGCCAGACGUCAUGGGGGUCGGCCGGAGCUGGUUGUGUCUGGCUAUACUUUUCUCGUCCAUCUCUGAUGUCUUCGGCAGUGUAGGAGGUUGGACAUACAACGGUACACUAGGUCCUGAUCACUGGCAUGUCGACUACCCGAACUGUGGCGGAGACAGACAGUCCCCCAUCAACAUCGAAACAAGCAAAGUGGAGUUCAACCCGAUUCUGACCAUCUUCGACUUGAGUGAACUCGCCCAGACUGAGAACAUAAACAUGACGUUGGCGAAUGUCAACGGCCACACAGUGGAGGUGACUAUCUCGGGCAGCGCUAACAUGCUGGUGUCGGGUGGGGGUCUGGAGGACAAGUACGGGGUCAAGCAGUUCCACUUCCACUGGGGUCAGAAGGACGAGCGGGGAUCAGAACACGACAUUGACAACAAGAGGUUCCCUAUGGAGAUGCACAUUGUUUUGUACUCCACAAAGUACGCAGACUUCGACGUGGCAGUGGACAAGCCAAAGGGACUGGCUGUGCUCUCGUUUUUGUUUGAGGUAGGCGAAACCAAUGCCAACUUUCAACCACUACUGUCACACUUCGACAAGAUCCAGCACAGCGGUAACGAGACGUCUAUUCCGACAUUCUCCACAAAGUCUCUACUUCCGGCCAACAGCGCGUACUACUUCCGAUACGAGGGGAGUCUGACCACGCCCCCAUGUUACGAGAGCGUAGUGUGGAGCAUCUUCGCAACCCGCAUCGUCGUGUCAGAGCAGCAGAUGAACCAGUUCAGAAGCAUCAAAAGGAACAAGGAGCCGGAGGGGGAGGAGAAUCUGGUGGACGACUUCAGGCCACUCCAGAAGCUCAACAACCGGAAGUUGUAUACCAACAGCAUCGAUUUCACUUCCGGUCAAAGCAUGGUUACUGUAUCGCAUGCUAUCGCCUUGCUAUCUGUGAUACUGAGUAUUGCAUUCUAAACUGACGUUAUGUUCUAACCUUACUUACAUCUAACAUUGGCACUGAUGCUAGUGGUUCGUUAUUUUGUCUUGCAAGGAAAUGAUAACUGUGGCAACAACCGUCACGUGACUUAUUUGAGAGUCUUUUAAUGACUAAUUAAGUCUAAUUAAAGGUACAACACACAAGAACAUUGGUCCAAAGUUAGGGACAGUCCGCUUGUAUUAGGGAAGGGGGGGCAACAAUUAGUUAUUUCAGUAAAUCAAAUGCGAAUAACGAAAUAUUUUGUUACAUGAAUUUUUUUUUUCACUUUUGGGGGGUUAAAAACCGACGCAAAUUCUCUUGUUUUGUUUUUAAGACUUAAAAGUAACAGUGUUGAUGAAUGUUACUCUAUUGGCCCGGCCACAACAAAGUCAAUAGAGUAACAUUCAUCAACACUGUUACUUUCAAGUAUCGCAUGGUUCAUUGUUAUUACAGCCUAUCUGAGACGGCGAUACCCCAACGUAUCUAAAUCUAUAAGUUUAAAGACACUACCAUUCCAAAUAACCUCCUGCAGGCUAGGAAUUAUAAUGCAUAAGUGUUUUCGUUGCAUCCUAUUCAUCAUUUGGAGUGUUUCUUUCAGGAAGUUUAUCAUACACUGCAUCGCAGUGAGAUUCCCUGAGGGCCCGGCCCCGUUAAUCCAGAAUUUGUGCUCGGUCAGCUUAUAUACGUAACAAGUUACAUUACUUCCUUCCCAUUUUUCGCUAAACCGGAAAUUCGAUGAUCACAACAAUUUAGUGGAAAAGCUACUGUCCGGGUUAACGAGGUUUCACUGAAUAUGCAGUAUACAGAACGACCACACGUUUCAUUUGACAUUUUAAAAGACAUUAAAUGUGUACAUAUUUGGCCAACUCCUGUAGAAAGCGUCGCGUAGAGCACGACUUCAGACCAGCAUGCAUAAUAAGAACGGUGUGUUUAUCUGUCUCAGUUUCUAAAUUUCUCCAGUGCUUACUUUGCUCUUGAAAUGAGUUUUGUGUUGAUGUGCCACCAGUCCACAGCAUGGCAUCACUUGUCCAAAGCAUGUCAUCACAUAUCCACGGCAUGUCAUCACAUAUCCACAGCAUUGUAUGACAAGUCCACAGUAUGACAUCACAUGUCCACUUGUCCACAGUAUGACAUCACAUAUCAACAGAAGAUUAUCUGGUCCAAUCAGAAAACAGAAUACCACAUAUCCUAAGCACGUCACACCAUGCCCACGGCAGUACACACAAUGCCCACAACAAUGCUUCACAUGCCCACAGAACAAUACCUAAAGUACACAUGUCUACAUCCGAAUACCACAUAUACACAGCACGACACACCAUGCCCACGGCAGUUCACACAAUGCCCACAACAAUGCUUCACAUGCCCACAGAACAAUACCUAAUGUACACAUGUCUACAUCAGAAUACCACAUAUACACAGCAGGAGAUACCAUACCCACGGCAGUUCACACAAUGCCCACAACAAUGCUUCACAUGCCCACAGAACAAUACCUAAUGUACACAUGUCUAUAUCAGAAUACCACAUAUACACAGCAGGAGAUACCAUACCCACAGCAGUACACACAAUGCCCACAACAAUGCUUCACAUGCCCACAGAACAAUACCUAAUGUACACAUGUCUACAUCAGAAUACCACAUAUACACAGCAGGAGAUACCAUACCCACGGCAGUACACACAAUGCCCACAACAAUGCUUCACAUGCCCCCCAGAACAAUACCUAAUGUACACAUGUCUACAUCAGAAUACCACAUAUACACAGCAGGAGAUACCAUACCCACAGCAGUACACACCAUGCCCACAACAAUGCUUCACAUGCCCACGGAACAAUACCUAAUGUACACAUGUCUACAUCAGAAUACCACAUAUACACAGCAGGAGAUACCAUACCCACAGCAGUACACACAAUGCCCACAACAAUGCUUCACAUGCCCACGGGACAAUACCUAAUGUACACAUGUCUACAUCAGAAUACCACAUAUACACAGCACGUCACACCAUGCCCACAGAAGUACACACCAUGCCCACAGGACAAUACAUCACAUGUCCACAGGACAAUACCUAAUGUACACAAGUCUACACUAGAAUACCACACAUCUACAGUAGAAAGCACCAGGCCCACAGCAGUGCAUCAUGCACUGCAAUCUACUACACAUACUUCUGGAAUCUGCCAUGUGCCUUGUUUUUUCGUAUGUUUCAUGAAGAGAAAAUAUUCUGUAUUGUAACCAACACCAUGCAAAGUGCUACACUGUUUUACUGUUUUUUGUACAUUUAAUUUUCCUUUGUAUUACAUCAAAUGUUCUUUGAACUGUUUUUCCUUUUGUGAUAGAUCUGAAUUCUAGAUAUUUCAUUAUUGUGUGGAUGUUUGUAGCCGCUUGAAAAUGUUUUUUGUAUGUUUCUUCAGUAUAUCCUGACUUGUUCCUCAUGCUCAUCUACAGGUAUGUAUAUGAAGGGUCAGUUAGCGUUGCAAUAUCCAGCGGUGCUCAUCGCGCAGCAAUGCAGUAAUACGUAGCCUGAUGCCGCUAUUGUGGCGCUAUAGUGGCGCCAUGGUGCUGCUAUGACGCUGCUAUUGUGCUGUUGUAAUGUCGCCAUGGUGUCGCUAUGGUGCCGCUACGAUGCCGCUGUGAUGUCGCUAUAGUGCCGCUAUGGUGUCGCUAUGGUACCGCUUGGAUGUCGCUUUGGUGACGCUAUGGUUCCAAUGUGGAGCCGCUAUGGUAUCGCUAUGGUGUCACUAUGAUGUCGCUGUGAUGUCGCGUUGAUUGUAUUGCGACACUUAUUAUCAUUAUUAUCAGAUGGUUAUCUCGUUCAUGGCAAUCACAUAUGUUUCUCAAUUAAAGAAGACACAUACCUUGUUUACCUUUACCUGUGAUACAGACAAUUUUUCUAAGGCAAUAGACAUCUGUUCAGACAUGAUUUGUCGUUUAUGUAUUUUUUACUCUCACUAUUCACGGAGUUAAUAGCAAGCAAUUGUCAUAUAUGUGCUAAUCUAAUAAUAAUAAACUAAUAAUAAAUUAAAAUAAUCUGUGAUUGUGUUGUAAACUGGAAAAUCGUCGUCAUUGCCAACAAACACUAACGAAGCGCGAUUCUAUAUAUGGGGCAAGGAUGUCAGUAGUCCAAGGCGACGAAUGUCGCUGUAUUUGCUCCUUUGGGGGCGGAUUUGAAUAUCGUGUUCGCCCUGAUUAUAUGUUUCUAGGUUUGUCAGCACCAUUCAGUACUCGUAAGUUUCAAAUAGUGGUAAAUAUCUUAGACCUGCAUUAUUGUCCGCUUUCCACACAAGCUUACAUGCCGUGACAUAACUGAUAUACCGUUCACAACAAUGUUAAACCUAUCUACUUUAAUCUAACGUUCGUCUUUAUUGCCUGCGAUGAAUAAUGCUUUUCUUGUCUCUUCAGUUUUCACAAAUAUACCAAAAGAAUAUAGCAUUGAUGUGAACAGGAGUUAUGUCCCUUCUCUGCUAGUGGUAUACCGUAUGUUAUCUGCAACCUUUUUUGUGAUAAUAAACAAUUCUCAACUAAA